AUGCUCGAAAAGAGACUUAUCUCUGGGGAUGUUAUAUACGGGGUGAAUACCGGGUUUGGAGGCUCUGCCGACAUCCGAACCAAGAAACACGUUGAAUUGCAGCGGGCACUCAUCAGAGAGCUUCACUAUGGUAUUCUCCCAACAGGGGAAAGAGAUCACCGUCCUUUGCAACUGGAAGAGGGUUUAGCCAAGCACCGUCAUGAUCUAUCCCUCGAAUCUGGCCUUGAGUCCACAUACCUGCCUUGGUCAUGGGCUCGGGCGUCAAUACUCAUACGUAUCAACUCUUUGAUUUCUGGAUGCUCGGCCGUCAGGCCUGUUAUUGUCCAGCGGAUGCAGGACUUGUUAAAACACGACAUCAUCCCAAUGAUUCCCCUACGUGGUAGCAUCUCCUCCUCUGGUGAUCUGAGCCCCUUGUCAUAUAUCUGUGGAGCCAUCCAAGGUAAAUCUACAAUCCGGGUGCUCUCCAGAGAUAAUCAACAUGUCUAUGCGGAUAGCGCUUUUGAGAAGGCUGGACUAGAGCCGUUGGUUAUACAAGCCAAAGAAGGACUUGCGGUGACAAACGGCACGACCGUGUCGGCUGCAGUGGCUGCCCUGGCUCUUCAUGACACCCACAGCUUAGCUCUUAUCGCUCAGGUUCUUACUGCCAUGAGUGUUGAGGCUCUGACUGGUACGUCAGAGAGCUUUCAUCCAUUCUUCGCUGAAGUACGGCCACAUCCUGGUCAGGUGGAAUCUGCCCGGAAUAUCCUGAAUUUCUUAUCAGGCUCUAAGUUCACUAAAGUGAACGACGGAGCUCACUCCUCUCUUCGCCAGGAUAGAUACUCAAUCCGGACCGCACCACAAUGGCUUGGUCCCAUCCUGGAAGACCUUAGCCUAGCCCACCAGCAAGUGUUUAUCGAAUGCAACUCUGCAACAGACAACCCGCUGGUGACACCAGAGGGCGAAUUUAUACACGGUGGGAAUUUCCAAGCCAAGUCCGUGACAUCCGCCAUGGAGAAAGCACGACAGGGUAUUCAGGGGAUCGGCCGCAUGCUCUUUUCUCAGUGCACUGAAAUCAUCAAUCCGGCAACGAACCGAGGCCUUCCUCCGAACCUGGUAGCAGAAGACCCCGGCAUAUCUCUGAUAUUCAAGGGAUUCGAUCUCAACAUUGCUUCAUUGACCGCCGAGCUGGGUUUCCUUGCCAACCCGGUCAACCACGUUCAAACAGCCGAGAUGGGAAACCAGUCCCUGAACUCGCUGGCUCUAAUAUCGGCCCGAUACACCCACACCGCCAACGAGGUUCUAUCGCAACUCAUGGCAGCACACUUGAUCGCAGUCUGCCAAGCCCUCGACCUACGCGCCAUGCACGCUCAAUUCCUGGAAGUUUAUCAUCCUGAGUUCGUCCAAUUGGUCCACGCACAUUACGCUGAAGAGACGAUACCGUCGGAUAUCAUCCCGAAGAUACCGAAUCCCAUCGAGGUCUCAGCGAAUCUUCUGAACGGUUUGGCGGACCCUCAACUCAAGCCAGUCGAGCCCAAAGCCGUCCAAACCCUCUCGGAGCUACUCUGGACGCAACUGCUCGCGGCCUUCGAUACGACCACUAGUAUGGACGCCGAGCAGCGGUUCCCAGUCAUGGCAAAGUCGCUGCGGUCCGUACUUCUGGACCAUGUGAGUUUCAACACGGCAGCCGACUUCACCCCUCGUCUCCAAAGCUUUACCGAGGCCCUCAGCGCCUCCUUGAACGAUGCGUGGUGCGCGAAUAGGGACGCAUACCUGGUUCAUGGCGAUGCUACCGGCUUGCUCGGGAAGGCGUCAAAAGCUAUGUAUGGGUUUCUGCGGGGGUCGCUGGGGGUGCCUCUGCUGGCGACGCGGAAUUUAUCGACUCCCACGGCGGGUGCGAUGAACGGUGAGUCGGGGGCGCAUGGCGGUGCGGAGGCACCGACUGUGGGUUCGUAUACGGGGGCUGUUUAUCGUGCGUUGAGGGACGGGACGCUUGCAAAGGUUGCCGUGGAUGUUCUUAGAGACUCUGUAAAGACCGAGGUCUAG